AUGGGUGAAUGCGCUGAUGAUAUCUCGAAGACACUACAAAUUGACGAGGACAAAGCUUCGUACGAAGAAGUCAAGUCAGCACUCGAGAAUCACUUUUCUGACAGAAGAAACGUACUUGUUGAGUGGGCUCGCUUCAACCGGAGGGUUCAACGACCUGGGGAGCCAGUGGAUACAUUCAUCCAGGAUCUCUACAAAAUUGCAGCAGAUUGUGAGUAUGGAACAUUAAAUAACGAAUUGAUUAGAGAUAUAAUUAUUGUAGGGGUUGUAGACGAUUCACUCUCAGACCGCCUACAGUCUAAGCCAAAACUGACUUUACAAGAAGCAGUGCAGAUUGCCCGUCAAGCACAGGAACGAAAACAUAACAGCGAUGUAGUGAGAGGGGAUGCCACAAAGUCUAGUGAUGUUUAUUAUGUCCGCAAUGGGGCCCAAACCUAG